AUGCCAACGCCCAACUUGGACGCGUUCAUUUUAUGGUUCGAACACAAUAAUGGGUACAUCGACACACAGCGCAUGGGAUUUCAUGUAUUUCCUCCUUCUGAAGGGGGGCGUGGAGCCGUAGCGCUGCACGACAUCCCGGAAGGUCAUACAUUGUUCACGAUACCGAGAUCACUCGUAAUAUCAACACGAACGUCUCUCCUACCUGCACAUAUUGGGCCGGAUGAAUGGAAAAGUAGGCAAUUGGACCGAGGUUGGUCUGGAUUAAUUCUUUGUAUGAUGUGGGAAGCUGCCCAAGGAAACAAGUCAAAAUGGGCACCUUAUCUCGACACCCUACCCACUGAAUUCGAUACUCCCAUGUUUUGGGACGAAUCGGAUUUGAAUGCACUGAAGGGAACUUCGGUGGUAGAUAAACUAGGUAAAGCAGAUGCUGAGCAAGACUACAUUGGAAAAGUGCUUCCUGCCAUCCAGAGUCGACCCGAUUUAUUUCAACCAGAGUUCAUUCCUGCACACUAUUCCCUGCAUCAAUAUCAUGUUAUGGGCAGCCGAAUUCUGUCAAGGAGCUUCAAUGUCGAAAAAUGGGAAAAUGAGGUUGGGGAUGACGAGCUCGCGCAAAACAGCUCCAUGGACGUUGACGACCCGGCUCCGCUAGCGUCGGCUAACAGUGAUUCACCGGAAAGGGCACAUGGGGAGGAGGUGGCGGAGGAGGACGAAGAAGAGGAAGAAGACGUGUCUGAUAUCUCCAUGGUUCCUGUAGCUGAUCUCUUGAAUGCGAGAUACGAAGCAGAGAACGCAAAACUAUUUUAUGAAGAAAAUGAACUUAAAAUGGUUACCACGAAGCGCAUAAUGAAGGGAGAACAGAUCUGGAACACAUAUGGCGAUUUACCAAACGCGGAAUUACUUCGUCGUUAUGGUCAUGUGGACUUGCUCCCUUUAUCGGCAGGGGGACAGGGCAAUCCGGGCGACAUCGUCGAAGUUCGAGCGGACCUGGUAGUGGCCGUCGUGUCGAAGAGAUACGAUCAUUCGUCCGUCGUCGCGGACGAACGAAUAGAAUGGUGGCUAGAAGAGGGCGGUGAUGAUGUAAUCGUUAUAGAGGCGGACCUUGAGAUACCGCCGGCUUUGAUCUCAUUGAUCAAACUUUUGUCGUUCUCUUCGGAUGAGUGGCGAAAGGUGCGGGGAAAGGGCAAACCGCCUAAACCCAAAUUAGAUUCCGCUACGGUAGACAUCAUCAAAGAUGUGCUGGACCAACGAUUACAGCAAUACCCCACAAGUCUCCAGGAUGACGAAAUGGCUCUUUCGGGGGAGCUUUCGCUAAAUCUACGAAAUGCGACCAUCGUCAGGUUGGGAGAGAAGAGAAUUCUACACGGUACCCUGCAGGCGCUGCAAGCUGUUCCCUUCGAGAACCCGAAGAGAAAACGAGAUGCGAUGGUGUCAAGCGCAAAGACGAAUAAGAAGCCUCGACAGCAAUAG